GCUGCUAAGCGAGGCUCCGGUCGUUUCGGUCCAAUUCACUGACUGCGGCUACUGCUAGUCAGCGUGAUCCGAUCCAAACGCAUUUUUGAAUUUUUCGGUACGGUUUUUCGGUGAAUUUCCGUUAUCACAUGCUGGGUAUUCUAAAGGAAUCUGCUAUAUGCGCGUAGCAUUAUUCAUCUUACAUUCCUAAUUCAUGUUACCUCGUCUUGUGCCCCUAUGGAAUCAAGUGCAGUGCAAGUCAAGCCCGAGCCCUCUUCAUUACGUCGUGAUUCAUCUGCUUCCCUCUGCAUUUUCCGUGAUCAUAGCAAAGCUAGCCCAUCAUUUUGUUCUGAUUCGAAUGAAGUAUCUCUUCGGGUUUCACAAACCUGCGCGGUUGAUGCUGAUGACUGCAAGCUCAGUCUUGCUCUGGGAUUCUCUGGUCAUGAAGUCUGCAGUCUUCCGACUGCCGGCGAUGUGGAUUUUUUCUCAUCAGAAUCAACAAAGCAACCUAGUAGGGAUGCUCCACUGGACUCUCUAGUUAAUCUUCCGUGUAUCAGCACUUCCUCGUUAUCAUCUUCCUCUGUGGAACACGGAUCAAAAACCGGUAACUUCUCCCAUGCAUUCACAUGUGGCAGAGAUGCACAUUAUGAGGCUCCGGAUUCUACAGAGAUGUCUGCUAUUAAAGUGUCGCAGUCCUCCUUUACUAAGCCUAGCGAGGCUUUAUUUGUGCGUGCUUUAAUCGGGCGCUGCAAACGUAUAGCUCCUCUCUGGUUUCGUGGUGUAUCUUCCAUGCGCGAGAGAAAUCGAGAAGAGAAUCGGAGAAUGGCAAAUAACAACGGACAAACGCAAAGUGACUGGAGCCUUAUUGGACUCAAGAUUGCUGAAAUGGAUACAGCCGCGGAAACAGAAGCAGUCGCUAACCUUCUGAAGAAACUGUACAAAGAGCUGCCUGCGGAUUCUGUUUUUUGGUUCCUUAAAUGUUGGUUGUGCAGUGAAGAUAGUGUGAAUGACCCUGAUUCUUGUGUGAUCAGUCGCGGGGACGCCAAGGGUCGUAUGCGCCGGAUUGAUGGCGGAAAGGGCUCUGAUAAAGUGAGUUGACUGGUUGCCCUCUUGAGUGCUGCACACCCUCAUCGCAUUGCGUGUGAUCGGCCAUCUCUACCACCGUUUAAUUUUCACUUCAUCACAUCU